AUGAUGAAGAAACAGAAAAAUCGGCCCUGGAGCAUAGGCUGCCGAAAAAUCAGCAUUGCUCUCUGCCUCGACUGUGGUAGGCUGGGUGUACCUCAGUAUCAGGUACAAUCGAUCCCUGACACCCAUACUGUUACGGAGGGCUCUUUGGUGACUUUACCGACCCUACUUUCGUCUCAAAACCGCAAUGAAAGCUGCACUAUUUUGGGAGCCCAAUUGACCGUAUUGCGAAAAGACGUGAUGGGAGAUCGGGAUCGCACGGAGCAAAUCGACCAUGAAUUGAUUGGUUUAAAGACUGAACAUUUGAAUCCUGAUUCGCGA